UAUCUAUUGGUAUAAUCGUGAGCUUCCUAUUUGAAGAGAAUGGCUAUUGUACUAUUCAUCAGCUUUGCUCUACUAGCUUCACAAGUCACAGCUCAAGCAGCAUAUUGUAUUAACAGCACACUCAGACUAUCAAUGGAGACAGAUGAUGGUGUUUCAAUCAAAGGGCUUCCUGAGUACUGCUUUAGUGGAGUAUGGAGGAGGAUAUCACUAUGCAUGGAAAGGUUGGCAGACACAGAGCAAAAACUGGUAUGCAAACAACUAGAAUACGAUGAAAGUGCAUCGAUAUCAACAUCAAGAGUUAUGUAUACAAGUGAAGCACCACAUGUAACAAUUGGGAACUGCAGUAUGGAUGCAAAGAGCUUACAAGAGUGUGAAGUGAGAGAGACUACUACUGACUGUAAAAUGCGAGAGCAGCUCAUAUGCAACAGAGUUAUUUUCCCCAAAGAGCGAGUAAGACUAGUCGGUGGAUCUAUUGAGCAUCAAGGUCAAGUGGAGGUGUGCUCUGAUGGACGCUGGGGAAUACUGCAGACUAGCCAGCCACAACAAGUUGCAAGAGAAGUUUGUAGAAGACUCGACUUUAACGAAAUUACCAGUGACGCAUCUUCCAAGCCUGUCUACAACUGUUCAAUUAUUUGUGGAUCCCUGACCUGUGAAGAAUCUACAAACAACUUUGAUCUAUUGAGCAUUUCAUGCCAAAACAUUGACCUGGAAAGCUGUGAUGAUGAUGGACAAGUUAGAUUGACUGAUGGUUACAGCUACCGGGAGGGGAGAGUUGAGGUUUGCUUCAAUGGCGUGUGGGGAUCUGCAUGUCUGCAAUCUUCGUCAAAAAGGAAUUGCCGGAGCAGCUUGCUAUCAAGCUGGUUUUCUGAGAGAAGGUAGUUUUAAUAAGCCAAAACACACAACACUUCAAACACAUAGGUGCCAUGGCUACUAGCUAUGGAGAAGAGAGUAGAGGCUAUUGCUGUAGUAAUAUCACAAUAACCCUACAAAGCUGCCAACUAUGCUUUAUUCAGGGAUGUGAUAUCCUUGGUGUUGUUUGUCAGGCUUGGGCUCAAUUACAACCAACAAACAAUGCCAGUGAAUGUACAGUACAGCCUCCUAUAAUUGAGCCUACAGGUUCAUCUAAUAUUAUAGCCUCUACUACAGCCUCCUCUUUAACAGAUUACACAAGUCUGGACUCUACUACCACCACCCAGAGCCGGGUCACUGAACCUGUAACCACUAUCCAACCCACAAGCACACCUCCUGACAACCACACAGCACUGCUCGGAGCCAUUAUUGGAGUGCUAUUUGCUCUACUGCUAGCUACACUAGUGGGAUGGAUGUGCACAUGCAUCAUCAUGCACAGGAACAAAACAAACACUACAAAGUCAACUAGUUCCACAACCAACAAUCCACUUAUCACGGAUGACAACUAUUCACUCGGACAAGUCAUUGAAUGUGUAUACAAUGAAGCCACACCUACUCAACCACCUCCUACAGACCCAACUAACAAUGUCAAAUCCAAAACGUCACAAAUGGAAACUGCUACCUACGAUUACGCUGGCCCCGACCUGUCACUCUCCCAACCAACCAACCCAACUAACUACGAUACUGUGACUACAAGCGAUGAAGGAAUUGGAGACUAUGAUGUCAUUACUGAUAUCAAACAGAAACCAAAACCAUCCAACCCACCAUCAGUGAAGGUUGAGACCAGUAAGAGUGAAGAUGAGUUUUACAAUGCAGAAGAGCAUAUGUACGCAGCUAUUGAUAAGAAAGCUAAGAGGGAAAAUAAACCAGAAACUGGUGGAGAGGAAGAGAACAAGAUGAAGAAAGGUGCUAAUCACCCGAUGUAUGAUGUGGCCAUGCCUGGGGAGGCUGUGUGGGGAGUGGAGGGGGCGGCUGUGUGUGAAGUGGAGGGGGAGUACUCGAGGUUGAAGCGUUGACACACUGGUGGUGUUCGGUUAUAAUUAUGUGAGACUUGAUUUGCACAUCAGUUAGUUUAAAUAGUGUUUUUGCUGAGUAAGACUAUAAAAUUAUAUGCUU